CAAACGAGAAGCUUCUGGCCCAAGAAAAAUUGGCCAGCGAACGUCUGGCCAAUGGAAAAAUCGGAGGCCAAGGAGACAAAUAUGAAAAACCGCCUGCGGAACCAUGGACACCUGCCAACACACUACACAGCCGUCUCCGACGGACGCCUAUGGGACCAUCGAGUUUCAGGGGGGGCCACAUCCUACCAAAGCACAGUAUGUCCGUAUGGCCUAUGAUACAAGACCAGAUUUGAUAGUGCAGUUGUUCACCAGAGAAUGGGGUUUGGAGUUACCAAAAUUAUUGAUAACAGUUCAAGGAGGCAAAGCCAAUUUCGAGUUACAACCUAAAUUAAAAAAGGUUUUGCGGAAAGGUUUGCUGAAGGCUGCCAAAACUACAGGAGCAUGGGUGUUUACUGGAGGAACCAAUACUGGUGUUACCAGACAAGUAGGAGACGCCCUUCUCCUAGAAUCCCAAAGAGCUGGUCGUGUGGUCAGUAUAGGAAUAGCUCCUUGGGGUAUUGUUGAAAAUAACCAGGAGCUGGUGGGACACAACAGGGACGUCCCAUACCACAGUAUAGCUUCACCUAGAUCUAAAUUUGCGGUUUUGAACAGCCGACAUGCAUAUUUUUUGCUGGUUGAUAAUGGCACCAAUGGAAAUUAUGGGGCGGAAAUUAUUUUGAGGAGGAAACUUGAGAAGUACAUAUCGAAGCAGAAGUUGCACCCUUAUACCCAUUCGUCGACUCCGGUGGUCUGUCUGGUCAUCGAAGGGGGUACCAAUACGAUCAGGGCCGUACUCGAGUAUGUCACGGAUGAUCCUCCGGUUCCGGUAGUCGUCUGCGACGGCUCCGGAAGAGCUGCCGAUCUCAUCGCUUUCGUUCACAAAUAUGCUGCAGAAUCCGGAGAGCAAACAGUUUUAGAAUCCAUGAAGGAUUAUCUGAUCUCAACAAUUCAAAGGACUUUUGAAGUCGCUUACGAUCCUGCAGAGUGUCUUUAUUAUGAAUUGCUGCAGUGCACGAAGAGGAAAAAUUUGAUCACAAUAUUUAGGAUACAAGAAGGACGAACUCAGGAACUCGAUCAAACAAUCUUGACGGGUUUGUUCAAAUCUCAACACUUAUCACCAUCCGAACAAUUAUCUUUGGCAUUGACGUGGAACCGUGUCGACAUUGCACGAUCGGAAAUUUUUGUUUAUGGACAAGAAUGGCCACCAGGUGCUUUAGAUGAAGCGAUGAUGCAGGCUUUGGAACACGACAGAAUCGAUUUUGUGAAACUGCUUUUGGAAAAUGGUGUGUCGAUGAAGAAGUUUUUAACUAUACCGCGAUUGGAAGAAUUGUACAAUACUAAACAGGGUCCAAGUAAUACCUUAGGCUAUAUUUUAAGGGACGUAAGACCUCAUAUACCUCGCGGCUAUAUGUACACUUUGCACGAUAUUGGUCUGGUUAUUAAUAAAUUGAUGGGAGGUGCUUACAGAGCCUAUUACACUCGAAGAAAAUUUCGUCCAAUCUAUGCAAAAGUGAUGAACAAAACAAACAGCCACAUAACCCACAGAAAUUCAGCAUCGUUUGUUAAAUACUACGGAGGCGGUAAUCCACUGAGUUUGCUGACGGGAAUGCUACCGGUUACCACUGAAAUGGCCUUGUUUGAUUACCCUUUCAAUGAAUUACUGACUUGGGCAGUUUUAACCAAAAGACAACAAAUGGCCCUGCUGAUGUGGACUCAUGGUGAGGAAGCUUUGGCGAAAGCUUUGGCGGCUUGUAAACUGUACAAGGCGAUGGCUCACGAAGCAGCCGAAGAUGAUUUAGAGACUGAGAUUUAUGAGGAAUUGAGGAAUUACGGAAAGGAAUUUGAAAAUAAAGCCCUAGAAUUGCUGGACUUCUGCUACCGCCAAGACGACGACCAAACUCAGCAACUAUUGACUUGCGAAUUGCAAAACUGGUCUGGACAAACUUGUUUGAGUUUAGCAGUUGCUGCCAACCAUAGAGCCCUUUUGGCACAUCCUUGUUCCCAAAUUAUUUUGGCAGAUUUGUGGAUGGGAGGACUUAGGACUAGAAAGAACACGAAUUUAAAAGUCAUUCUAGGACUGUUGUGUCCUUUAUACAUUGUGAGGUUAGAAUUCAAGUCCAAAGAAGAGUUGCAGUUGAUGCCUCAAACCGAAGAGGAGCAUAUGGAGAAUGAGAGUUUGCUUGAUGAGGAGCAGAUGGAGCAGGAUGAGGAGAAACAUGCUGAUGGAGAGACAAAAGGAAGAAAAAGUAUACGACUCAAAUGCGGACAAAUUGGACAAGGCGGUCAGGCUCUGUUAUCCGAGCAAUACGACACCCGCGUCCAGAGCGACGGCAAAGUCGAUCUGGCCAUCAACAAUGGGGCCUUGUUAUCCAAUCAACAGUCGCAACAGGGCCAGAAUCAACAGUCGACGAUGGAUUCGGAGACACCCAGUAGCCCUUUGAGUUUGGCCAGGGAGUACGUCCCUUUGCAACUCGACGGAUUCUUCGAACUGAAGAGACACCUCGCCUACAUGUUCUUCUUAAUAAUGUUCACCUAUACGGUCUUGGUGAAAAUGGACGACACUCCGACGUGGCAAGAAUUUUAUUCGAUAGCAUAUAUUUGCACUUUGGGUUGCGAAAAAAUUAGAGAGAUUGUGUCAUCUGAACCAGUAGCCAUUAGUCACAAAUUUGCAGUCUGGUCCUACAAUAUGUGGAAUCCCUGCGAUGCUGUCACAAUUGUGGUUUUCCUGAUUGGCCUGAGUCUGAGGCUAAGGGCCAGUACAAGGGACAUUGGUCGUGUCUUGUAUUGUGUGGACAGUAUUUAUUGGUACUUGAGGAUUUUGAAUAUCUUAGGAGUUAACAAAUACUUAGGUCCUUUGGUUACAAUGAUGGGAAAGAUGGUGAAAAAUAUGAUCUACUUCGUAGUCUUAUUGCUGGUGGUUUUGAUGAGUUUCGGUGUGUGCAGACAAGCUAUAUUGCAGCCUGGAAACGACGCCAGCUGGAAUUUAGUCAGAGAUGUAUUUUUUCAACCUUACUUUAUGUUGUACGGAGAAGUUUUUGCUGAUUCCAUAGAUCCACCUUGUGGUUCCGAAUUGGGUCUGAGCGAUUGCGUAACCGGCCGUUGGAUUACUCCGAUUGUGAUGUCGACUUACCUUUUGGUCGCCAACAUUUUGCUGAUCAACCUGCUGAUUGCUGUUUUUAAUAAUAUAUUUAUAGAAGUCAACGCUGUAUCACACCAGGUUUGGAUGUUUCAAAGAUUCACAGUCGUCAUGGAGUUCGAACAGAAGCCAGUUUUGCCGCCGCCACUGAUAAUUUUAAGUCACUUUUAUUUAUUAUUAAAAUAUUUAAAGAGAAAAAUCAAAGGCGUGCGAGAAACUUACGACAAUGGUCUGAAAUUGUUUUUGGAAAAGGACGACAUGGAACGUUUGUACGAUUUUGAAGAGGAGUGCGUUGAGGGAUAUUUCAGAGAACAGGAGUUCAAAUUGAAUCAAUCUACAGAAGAAAGAGUCCGUAACACAACCGAACGAGUAGAAAACAUCGUGCAAAAAGUCGAGGACAUCAACCAAAAAGCCAAUUUACAAAUCAGCACAAUACAGAGUCUCGAGUUCCGUCUCCGCAAAAUGGAGGACACGACAGGCCAAAUAAUGUCUCAUCUGGCAGUUAUCCACCGUUUUAUGGCCCAACACACGACUCCUCCGCCCUUGGCCCCACAUUCAGGCACCAUUGUGGCCCAACAGCACCUUCAUCAGUCUGCAAGCGAAUUGGACAAAAUUGCAGGCAGUCACGAAGUCGAGAGGCUGCGAAGGGCCAGCGAGAGAUCGGAUGAGACAGAUGUGUUGGCUUUGGGCCAAGGCCUAGGGCCGGCUGUACCCACAGCUUUGGGCUUGGGCAGUGUGAGGAGAAGGCCGGUAGUCAGAUCUCUGACUGAAGUUCGGCCUGAUGCUUAUAUUUUUGAUGAUGGACGGAUCGAGGUGAAACCUUUGAAUGAAGAAGAUGAAGACAUGUUGGAUGAGGACAACGUUUUGGCAGGUGAUGUCAUUAAACAGAGAUUUAUGGCAUCGCAUGCAACUUCACCAGUGCCUUCGCAGCACCAUCUGCAAUCGAGUGCCACAAUCACACCCCUCGGCGUAUCCCGUCAACCGAGUGCCGAAACCCCGACCAACGGCCAAGGACCAACUCCCCAGCCUUCUACCCAAACCCAAUCUGGCCCUACGUCCGCCCACGGCCCACCGGUUCACCAAACGACGAUUCAAAGGGCCAAAUUGGAGAGAGGACUUUCUAUGAUGGAAGGACGAGGCAGGUUCGCACAAGACGACGGUGUCGAUAUUGGGCCUGCAGGAGAUCUGACACCAGGAGGAGGAGAUACGGAGCAGGACGAUGAUGCUAUUUUGGAUUUGAACUUCCAGGAU